GAGUGUAAAUGUGCCCUCGUAUUUUAUGAUUGAAUAAAUUGCUACUGAAUUUUUCACUAAAGUCAGUCUAGAUUCGUCUGAAUUUUCUUACACUAAUACGUCUCAGUCGUAAAGCCGAGAAGGAUAUGACAUCACCCGUGACUACAAAAUGCUCUGUUUGUAAAAUUCAAAUCUAACAGUUGUCGUGUAAGAAUGCACAAUGUGACACAAGGCCAAAAGUAUGAGGGAAUGCCAGCUGUGCUGACGUGUGGCUUCUUUCACUUGUUCUUUCUAAAGGACAAGUGAAGGAAUGUCUGCAUGGGUGGAUCUGAGGAGACAGUGAGUUUCAGUCAGAAGCAGAAACACCCAGCGAACUUCUCCCACACAUGCAGACAGUGCUUCAGCAACAUGGAGACUCUUUCUAGUCUGCUCUUUUUACUUCUAACUGUACACUCAGUAAGUGCGCUUAAGUGUUACAUGUGUGGCUCUGUGACAUCAAAUCAAGACUGCAACAAAAACUCUCAGGACUGCCAGGCUCCUCUGGACACCUGUAUGACCACUGUAGGCACAAAAGGAAGUCUAACAGCCAUUGUGAAGUCCUGCUCCUAUUCAAAAAUCUGCGCAAGUGCUGCUGCAUCUGCCUCUGUGGACAGCAAUGGAGAUGGAGUGCAGGUGACAUGCUGUAACGGUAACCUGUGUAACUACAGUGGAGCCGCCAGCGUUUCACUGCACAGGUGGCUGAUGGUCCUACCUCUGCUCCUCAUCACCCUCCUCUUCAGGCAGAACACUUGAAAUGAGAAACACUCAAGGGUAUUGAUGGAUUCAAUCCCAUCAUGGACUAAACUGUUCUUCAUACUGAACCUUGUAACUACUCAACUGAGCUAUCUAGAAUGUCAUUUUCCCUGCUUUAUUAGCCUACUAACGUCAUUUUUGUGGAAAAUAAGGAGGCCAGUUCAUUAGCCUGGAUACCAAGUAUUCCAGACAUCUGAUGAUAUUUAAGUAAUUGUUUAUGAAAACGUAUGAAGAAUUUUAAAGUUGGCAAGAGUUGCACAAAUUAUGGCCUGUGUAUAAUGAAAUGUUAACAAUUCAGGCCCUUUAUUUAUGAUCUCUGUUUUUGCUUAAAUAAAAAACCGCGGUACUAAUAUUCUGUUUCAUCGUAACAAAUUAACUUUCAAAACUUACUUUUAAAUGGUAAUGAUACACUAUGGAACUGUAAAUAAAACUCAAUGCAUUUUGCGAA